GGUGGAGACCUCAGCAGUAAACGACAUCAAUAAAACUGUAAACGACAUGCGUUUUAAAUUUGGACAAAGUUCAAACGACGAAUCGUUUUAAAACAGUUACCGAAGAUCGGAGACACAGGACACAGCUUUUUUAGCUAACCUUCAAAUCCCUAACUUCUUCUCCUAUUCAUCCCUUUCGCAUGCUCUUUCUUCUUCGAUCUCCAUAGCUAAUUUUCAGUUCUUCACCAUCAAUCACUUCUUUUCUAACCAUAAAUAAGCCGAUACGAUCUUACCAUCUCCUAAUUCCACUCUCUGAUGGCUUCCGCUUUAGCUGCUCACUCUUCAUUUGCUUUCUCUCCCUCUUCGCGUCUAAAAUCCUCCGUUCCGCAUCCCUCGCCUGCGUUUUCUCCAUCCGGUCACCGCUUGCUCGCUUCCUUCCCUGAAUUCAGAGGCUUGAAGAUCCAAAUGCCUUCUCCCAAGUUGUCCUUGCUCUCCACCGGUGCCAGGAAUUCUAGGGUUUCUCGACGGAGCGGUGGCCGCGUUGUCUGUGAAGCUCAGGAGACUACGAUUGACAUUCCUGCUGUGACUGAUGCAACGUGGCAGUCACUUGUCCUCAAGGCUGAUGGACCUGUGCUGGUUGAGUUUUGGGCUCCUUGGUGCGGGCCAUGCCGAAUGAUUCAUCCAGUAGUAGCUGAAUUAUCGGUGGAAUAUGCUGGAAAACUCAAGUUCUUCAAAUUGAAUACUGAUGAAAGUCCAUCUAUUGCAAGCAAAUAUGGAAUACGAAGCAUUCCAACAAUCAUGAUCUUUAGCAAUGGUGAGAAGAAAGAUGCAGUCAUUGGUGCUGUGCCCAAAACAACUCUAACUACCACCAUUGGGAAAUUCUUGUAGAGGAAGGUAACAUACUCUUUUAACCAACAUUUUCUGUUUUAUAUCCUUUGAGCCUCACUUUUGUUUCCCUUUCUCUCUAGGAGUUCGCAAAUUUAAUCUCCUUGUAUAAUUAUGGAUCCUGCCCGUCCUUAACCUUCUGUUGAAGUUUUACUUCUGUGAGAAUAAGUGUUAUCUUGCCUGAAGAUUUCCUCCACUAAAUAAGUAUUAUCUUUUGUCAA